GACGGCAGCGCAGGCGGGCAACCUCGCAUUCAUUCGUCGACCACGAGAGCGUCGCUUCGCGAUCGUCAAUUGUUUUGCGGGCGCGUGUGACAUGUGAAUCGUUGUUCGGUGAUUUUUGUCGCGUCUCCACGAAAAUACGUCGCCGCCAUGGGACGACCGACGCUGCUGGCCGCUUGCCUCUUCGUGUUGUUGUCGCAACAGGCGUCUAGUCAGCUAAUCGACUCAGAUUUCAAUCCACAAGUGUCAGCCACCUGCAAAGCGGAUCACACGAUGCACAUCAGGGUCAGCUUUAACCAGUCCUUUUACGGUAUCAUCCACGCGAGGGAUUACAGGACUUCGGCUUGCAUGAACCUGGGAGACGGGGGCCAAUCCGUCACCCUCAACGUCAGCCUGCUGGCGCCCCCUGGAUCCGCAGAGUACUGCGGCUUGCUCAUCAAUAACCGCACUCAGGAAAAAUCGCUGCCCGUAGCCGUCAGGGUGCACAAAACUCUCGAACUAGCGGACGAUAAGUUCUACGUCAUCACUUGCGGAAAGGCGGGGCCGAGGAACCAGUCGUCACCCGUCUCCCUCAACCUGCUGGACGGUAGCAGGAAGGUCACCAGGGCAGUCUACAGCAACCCCUAUACGCUGAGGAUCGAGACGGGCAAAAUGGACGCUUCCAAUGGGUUCCGAGUGAAGAACUGCUUCGCUUUCAACAAGAUUAACACGUCGGUCCCGUUGGUCGACGACAGAGGGUGCCCUUCGAACGGCGAAGGUAUCGGCAAAUUCGUUUACGACGACUCCUUGGGCAUCGCGGACGCCAAACUGAGGUCCAUGUUCAAGUUCCCGGAAAGCUCGGAGGUAUUCCUCCAGUGUGACGUCGCCUUCUGCAAGGGAGCCUGUCCGAGACCGUCCUGCAACGGUGACGUGUCCAACUACGUCACUCCCAGUACGGAAGAGGGUACCGUGAUAGCCGGCAACACCGUAUUCGUGUUGGAUCCGGGUGAGGCACCUUUGGUACAAGAACUUUGUGAUGAAGAACGUGCCGGACCUGGCUGGUUGCUCUGGCUGUGCAUCGCCCUCGGAGUGCUCUUCCUCAUAAUGCUCAUCAUCAACAUCUUUCUGUGUUCGGCAAUGACUUGCGCGUGUACGCGCACUGAGAUCAUCGAGAAGGAACCGAGCAUCAUCGAAGAUUACGAUCCUUAUAGGAGCUGGCACGGAAGCCAAUACGGUUCAAGGUACUCGCUGAACGGGGCCCCUCCAAACCCUAAGGGCUACACUUCAGGGGGUUCGACGAUGAACUCCGCUCGGUCAGUGUCGUCGCACAGCGAUCACUACGCCAUCGUGCACUCCAGACCGGGAAGCAGGGGCUACGGGAAGCAGAGAGGACCUUCUUCCCACGUAGGCAGCCAUUACAGCGGCAAGUGAUUACACCCAAAAGCGCGUCGUGAAGAAAAUAUCUAGUCGUAAGUUUUUUCUAUCGCAAAAAUUCGAAAAAAAAUUAAUACGAGGCUCCCCUCCCCCCAUUAAUAUACUAUCCUUUGUAAAUAAUAAUCGAGACGUCGCUUCACAUCAAAUGGAAGUUUCGAUAUUAAUUUAACUUUUAAGGUUUGUGUUAUUUAUAAAAAAUGUUUUCUGCGUUUUUUUUUUCAAUCUCGAUGUUGUUCGAACCGUAACUGUCAAACUUAUUUAAAAAAAAAGCUGUACAAAAAGAACUGAUAAUAUUGUAAAUAAAGAUUUUUAA